CCUACGGAGCGCGAAGUGGGUAAAGGCAAGCCUGCAGUGCCUGAUCCAGCAGUGUCACACUUCCUCUGUGAUUGGUGACAUUGGAGUUUUCUUCUCGAGUUCAGCAGGAACGGUCAGAGCUAGUACCAGCCAAGUCGCGGUCUGGAAAGGGAGCUCUUGCAGCUUGGAGGGCUGCAGGCAAGGAAGGAAACAAGCCAACCAAGGUAAAGAGAGUCUGGCUGUACGAUGGGAGACCAGCAUCGUCGACAGCAUAACCGUCGUAGCGGUGAACAUCAACAUCAUGACGGCAACGGCGUUGGCAACAAUGGCGUUGGCAACAAUGGCAUACCUCUGAUCAAUGUCGAGCAGCACUCGCCACCACCGGAACACCAGCAGCAGCAUCACAGCCACAGGCGGCAGCAUCAGCCCGAACAGCAAUCGGGUCACCAAACCAGGACACCCGCACCCCAAAACAAUGGCCACAGCAAAGGCGGCGGCGGUGGUGGCGGCGGCGGCGGAGCACCAAAUCCCGGCAGGCAGCAAGCUGAGGUGCAGCUGAGCAGCGUGCCACAGGAGGGCUUCGUCCAAAUGUCUCAGCUUCAUAUGGAGGAUGACCAAGCCGAGUGGAGACAACGAGGCAGAUGGCUCAAGUUCGAAGAGGAGGUCAACGAGGAUGUGGGACGAUGGAGGAAGCCACAGGCAUCCUCACUCAGUUUCCACUCGCUGUUGGAGCUACGCCGAUGUAUCGACAAGGGUACUGUGUUGCUUGACCUUCCCAAGCCGGACCUCAUGGGUAUAGCCACGGCUGUUGUGGACGAUAUGGUCAUGACCGGGCAGCUGGAGCGAGCUCAGCGUACCGACGUGCUCCACGCUCUCUUGCAACGUCACGUUCAUCAAAGCGACCUGGCCAAGCUACACCAACCGCUGAGUCGCAUGGGCAGUGUGUUCCGCCGUAAAAACAGACUCACUCCGUCAGUGUCCAUCCAAUCGCUGACUAGCGCGCCUCUGAGUCGCACGGGAAGCAAUCGCUUCAGCGUGCGAAGUGUGAAAAACAAGCUCACGCCACGGCACAAGCAGCUGCAGCGUUCUCACACUGAGCAGGCGCAGGCCAUCAGAGCGGGCAGCGAUGGCAGCUCCGCUCCUAAGGGUGUACCGAAAUCCAACCUUCUCGGUCCGCCAGGUCAGCUGAAAGCUGCCGGCGGUGUGACGGUCAAUGCCGGAGCGGAUGUACCACCCUGCGAUUGCGGUGAUCCAGAGUGCACUGUGGGGCUAGAGCCAAAUCUGGGCGAAGAAGACAAGCAACUGACGAAGGACGAACAAGAUCUCCUGAAGAAGAUCCCAAUCGGCGCCGAGGCCACCACUGUUCUGGUCGGUACUGCCGACUUCCUUACCUCACCUGUCAUGGCUUUCGUUCGCCUCAACGAGGGACGUCCGCUGGGAAACCUGACCGAAGUGCCUAUUCCUGUGCGCUUCCUGUUCGUCCUGCUAGGUCCUGAGGAGGAAGGAAACAACUACCAGGAGAUUGGCAGAGCUAUUGCCACGCUCAUGGCUGAUCCAGUCUUCCACGAGGCUGCGUACAGAGCCGAGUCAAGACAGGACUUGUUGACGUCCAUCGAGGAGUUUCUGGAGGACAGCUUAGUGCUGCCUCGUGGUAAAUACGACAAGGACCUUCUACUGCCGGCCAUCAAGCAACAGAAUAUGCGAAGAAGGAAGAACAAGGCAGAGAGAGACGCCAUGCUCGAGAAGGAGCCGGAGGAAGACCCGCUGGCCAAGACGGGUCAUCUGUUUGGCGGAUUGUGGCAGGAUUUGGGACGUCUGAAGCGUCGUUACGUUAGCGACUUCACGGAUGCCAUGAACAUGCAAUCGUUCGUUACGUUUGUGUUCAUGUAUUUCGGAUCAAUCGCGCCCAUCAUUGCUUUCGGCAGCUUGCUGGGCGAGAAGACGAAGCACACGUUUGGACUGCCCGAGACCAUUAUCUCGUCGGCACUGGGUGGCAUUAUCUGGGGCAUAUUUGCAGGCCAGCCAAUGAUGAUUAUAGGACCGACUGGACCGACGAUCGUCUUUGAAGGCGUCAUCUACAUCUUUGCCAAGGAGAACAACAUCAACUUCUUUCCGUGGAGGUUCUGGAUAGGCGUGUGGGUGUUUGUGAUCCUGGCACUGGUGACGGUCACAGACAGCAGCUAUCUGGUGAAGAAGUUCACUCGCUUCACCGAGGAGGUGUUUGCUGCGCUGAUCGCAUUCAUCUUCAUCUUUGAGCCGCUGAUCAGUAUAGACCAUGCGUUCAAGCAUCACCCUGUGGACAUCAACUACUGCACAACGGACUACUGCAUAACGCCAAACGCCUCCGCCUACGAGGACGAUCUGAAUGGCACCGAGCCCACGGCAGCAUACAACUGCACUGGUGCAGCAUACGGCAACGCAUCCAAUGCAAGCAGCUACGGGUGCAACCCGGGCGCUGCUGACAAGUACGGAGGCAAACCAGGAAUCCACAACCAGCCAAACAGUGCUAUGCUUUACAUGGUGCUGCUGAUCGGAACGUUUGUCAUGGCGUACGCCCUGCGCAAGCUGAAGACCAGCCGCUACCUAGGAAAGAUUCCACGUCGCAUCCUGGGAGACUUUGGCAUUGCGUUCAGCAUCCUUACAUUCGUCUUCCUCGACCACUUCCUCUUCAAGACCAUUCACAGUGAUAAGAUCGACGCACCAAGCGGCAUCGUCACCAGCACACCGCGUUCCUGGCUCAUUUCCCCUAUGGAUGGCAUGACGGCAGGUCACAUCUUCGGUGCCUUUGUGCCUGGUUUGCUGGUGGCAUUCCUGGUGUUUGUCGAGACGCAGGUCACCUGUCUCAUCUGCUGCAGCCCCGAUCAUAAGUUCAAGAAGAUCGGUGGCUAUCACUGGAACUUGGCCGUCGUCGCAAUCUACUCGCUCUUCUGCAGCUACACUGGCCUGCCGUGGAUGUGCGGUACGCCAGUGCCGUCUCUCUCGCACACGCAGAGUCUGCUCAAGAUCAACAAGAACGUGGCGCCGGGCGAGAAGCCAAAGAUUGAGGGCGCCUACGAACAGCGCCUGACCAACAUCCUCAUCCACGGCGUCAUCGCCUGCUCACUGGCACCGCCCGUCGCCUUGGUGCUGCGGCAGAUCCCGAUUGCCGUCAUCAUGGGCGUGUUCCUCUACCUGGGCUUCUGCAACAUUCUCACCCUGCAGUUCACGCAACGCUGCAUUCUCAUGCUCGUGCCUGCCAAGCAUCACCCGGAGGACGCAGCCUACGUGCGACACGUCGGCACCAUUCGCAUGCACCUCUACACGGUCGUUCAGAUCUUCUGCUUCGGCGUGCUGGUCGUCUUCAAGAUGACCAAGGCCGGCCUGGUCUUCCCGCUCAUGGUAGGGCUGAUGGUCCCGCUCCGCGACUAUGUCAUCGGCUACUUCUACUCAGACAAGGAGCUACACGCACUCGAUCCCCAUGGACCUGUAGAGAGUGACGACGAAGGAGAAGUUGAUGAGUACGAGACGCACAUGCCCGCAUAACGGAUCCAAGCAGCAAUUCCGUCAUCAUCAUCAUCAUUAUCAUCAUCAUUAUCGUCGUUGUCUCAUGUCUGCUAUGUGAAGACCUUACACUUAUCAGUAUAAAAGGUUUGCAUGCAAACUUGCUUUACUCUACCUUUGUGAUUGUCAGUCUUACAUUGUAUUCUCGUCUCCGAGUAUCUCCAGCUAACACCUACCAGUAUAUUAGAUACUGAUACAUUUGAACUAGGUACCUGUAAGCAAACAUAGGUAAGCUGCUCCUUUUUGUCAUACAUAAGAUUUAGUGCUAGCGGCCCACGUGCAGGUGUAACCUAUCAGUACUUUACAUAUUUUAAGUGGCAUUUUCAAUUGCGAUGAACAUAGCACAGCAUUCAUCUAGAUUCGGACACAUUCCUGCUAUUCUACUAUUCUCUGAUCUAUUAUUGCUUCGUCAAAUUCACAUUUCCUUUGCCGAUGAUUUUUGACAACUUGUACUUUGGUUUUCUCUUGUUGAUCGCCUCAGUACCGCCAUCAAACAUUUUACCAAUGACACGAUCCGUUGCCAGUGCCCAGUUACCAAUGGAAGCCCAGCAAGUUAUUUAAAUUUUUAAAGACCGUCAUAUUCGUAUACUGAAUCCGAAUCCCAAUGUAUAAUUCAAGCUCUCGAAGCUACACAUACUGCACACAUAUAUGUAGGUGUGCAAGCACCAAUUUAGUAACUUUGCUGUUUACUAACAAUACUAUUUAGUAACAGUUAACAUUAGGAUGUUUUCCCAGUGCUUCUAUGGGUGUGUUUUCUACUCAGCACUCUGGCAUGUCCAUAGCAGGCCGCCAGUCAGAAAGCUAAGACAUUUUGGCAGUUGAUCGAA